UAAACUGCAAAUAUUAAAAAUGUUUAAGUUAACACGGCUAAUUGCUAAAAAUGCCAGUGUGGCAGUUCGCCAGAUGCAACCACGUUUGUAUGCAGCCAAUGUGGCCAACGCUGUGAAUGAGGAGGGAAUUAGAGCAGAAUCUGACGAACCGAUCGAAAUGGCGAAUCCCUUCGAGAAGGAUCGCCAGGAGUGCAUCUUGUGCAAGCACAACAUUGUGCCGCACUACAAGAAUGUGAAGCUGCUAUCGCAGUUUCAGUCGCCGUAUACAGGUCGCAUUUACGGCCGACACAUAACCGGAUUAUGCAAGCAGAAACAGGAGCAUGUCGAACAAGCCAUUUUACGUGCCCAGCACUGUCUCCUAAUGCCCGGAUAUCACAAGGAUCUCGAAUUCCUGCACGACCCAAAGCUCUUCGAUCCCGAGAAACCAGCGCGACCCCAUAAAUACUGAGUUGUUUUCAUUAUGUUCUUUUUUUUGUACGGUAUUGAAAUACAUUUUACAGCUAAU